GCGUUUGCCUCCAGGGAGACAUAAAGAGAGGUCGCUUGUGACACUCAGCCACUCUGCGACACGGCCAACGCUAUUCACUCCAUGCUUUCUGAAUUCAAUGUCGGGGGGUAAACUCCUGAUGAGCGGAUGAAGAAACACAUUUUGCUUUUAUUCACAUUCAGAGGGCUCGUGAGCAAAGGGAAAAGAAGUAAAAAGAGAAAAUGGCAACGUUCAUAUUACGGAAAGCUGAACCCAAGGAUGUGUCUGACAUCCUGCGACUUAUAAAGGAACUUGCUAAAUUUGAAGAAAUGGAGAAGCAGGUCAUACUGACAGAGAAAGAUCUACUUGAUGACGGCUUUGGAGAUCAUCCAUUCUACCACUGCUUGGUUGCAGAGGUCCCAAAGGAGCAAAGCUCAGAUGGGUACACUGUGAUUGCCUUUGCCAUGUACUACUUUACAUAUGACCCAUGGAUUGGAAAACUUCUGUACUUGGAGGACUUCUACGUCAUGCAAGAGUUCCGGGGUUUUGGGAUUGGGUCGAAAAUCCUGCAGUUUCUCAGUGAGAUAGCAGUGAAGACCCGGUGUAGCAGUAUGCACUUCAUCGUUGCAGAAAACAACACAAAGUCUAUCGAGUUCUACAAACGAAGAGGAGCAACUGACCUCUCCUUCGAGGAAGGCUGGCGUCUUUUUUCAAUCGAAAAGGGGGAGCUGUUGAAAAUGACUGGCAAAUAGAGUUCACUGUGGAUUUUAUACUGACUUGAUGAUCAUGAUCUUCUACUGUUUGGAAAUGCACUUUUUUUUUUAUGUUAAUCUAAAUUGACACCUCUGCUGAAUUAGUGGAUAAACACUGAACUUUGAUAAUUGGGCUGCUAUACUGCUGCAUUUGAGUAAUUCUUUUAAGAAUCCUGUAAAUAAUUCCGGUCAUUUAAAGCCCCUCCAUUUAAUCUUGUGACCCUUUUUCGAGCCAUGAGUGCCAGGCAGUGUUGGGGAGACAUAGGUGUAAGGAAUGACAUGUUUUGGAUUUAUAAUAUGGUAAACUGUAUUAAAGUUACAGUUGCGGUUGUUAAUCGGGAUACAUUUUACAUUACAUCAAUCAAUAGAUUACAUUAAGAGGUUACUUUUCACAGUCUGCAUUAUUCUUACAUUUAAACUUUUUUGUGGUCCCUUCAGUAAGCCAAAUUGUCAGCUGACUAUAAAGGAUUCUGUUUGCAUUGUCUGCCCAUUUGCUAGUUUUGUAAGGUCUACCAACGAAUAAAGAAGAGUGUAUGAACAUG